AUGGUAAAAAUAGCAAACCCUAGAAACAAACUCAGAGCAGCGACGACAAUGGCGGAAAGUAAAAGCGAUCCCACACUCGAGUUCGGAUCUCCCUAUUAUAUCGAUCCAGAUUUUCACUCCACCUACAGUUUUCAAAUGGAGAAACUCAGCCAAGCCGAAGACAACUACGUCUUCUGGAAAAUUCGUUUUCAGGCUCUCCUUAGGCUCGCGGACAAAAUCGGGUUCGUCGACGGUACCAUCGAGAAACCGGAUCCUUCCUCGCCUCUCUAUCAACCAUGGGAACGAUGCGACUCGAUGGUUACGUUAUUGCUGUUGAACUCGAUGACCGAGAAGCUUCAAAAGCGUGUGAUGUUCGCCGGAACGGCGCAGAAGGUUUGGGAAAAACUCAGACAGAUUUUCGUCCCUAACCUCGAUUUGAAGAUCUACGAGCUUCGUCAGAGAAUCGCGAUGCUGAGGCAAGAAGGCGACUCGGUGGCGAGAUAUUUCGGGAAGCUGAGGAGAGCUUGGGCGGAGCUGUCGGAGUAUGAUCCCGCGCCGGAGUGUGCCUGCGGCGGUUGCCGGUGCGAGAUCUCGAAACGAGCCAAGGAGGCGAGAGAGAAGGAGCAGUGUUACGCGUUUAUGAUGGGUUUGAACAAUGGCCUAAGGUUCGUGAAAACGGAACUCAGGCUUAUGAAACCUCCUCCGUCUCUUGACAAAGCGUACGCCAUGGUUGCCCAAGCGGAAUCGGUGAUGAAGAAUGAGGAGGAGGAGAGAAGAAAUUUAAUCGAAGCAGACAGAAUGUCGCCAACGGUCGAGCGACUAAGUGAGAGCUCUCAAGCCCUCAAGCUCUGCAGCUACUUCUUUCAUCUUUGGCCUUUCUUCUCCCGUCAGUCUUAUGCACUCAACGGCAAUUCUUGCAGCUUCCUGGAUCUCCCUCUGAUUAUCCCCGUUCCACAGUUGGCCGUCAAUCACCUCAUGCAACCUUUGCUCUUUCAUAGCAGAAGCAAAGUAACUCACCAGAUGUUUUGA